AUGAAGAUUUUACCGUCUACCCUGGCGAGCCUUAGCCUUGCCGCUGCUCCUGGAUGGUUAGCCGCUUCCCGGGGAGGAUAUUCUUCCGCUAGCUGUAAAUGCGAAAUAAAAUGUACUCCUGAUAUUCAGAGGGAAACGUGCGCCGCCGACAUUGUUGCCGCUAUCGAUAUGCAGUAUUUCACAGAGCAAAAGGAAAAAAGCGCUGCGGAAUUCCUGUCUCGUCUGGAGAAUGAAAUUUCAACGACCUUAGGCUAUGGCAGUAAUCGACAGGCGGCCAGGUUUGCUGUGUUUGGAUUUUCUAGUGAAAACGAUGAAAUUCAAACUGGCCUGAGCUUUUUGGACUCUGUUGAUGAACUCAAAGCAAGUGACAUUCCAGAUAAAAUUGAGAAUAUUUUCAAGUCGGGUACCAUCAACAAGUGGGCCUUUGAGAAUGAUGAUGAACAGGAUCUUGGCGUGGGAAUUGAACGAGCACUGGACUUUUUCAAGGAGCCGCACUUGCCAGCAGUUGAAGAAGAAAGAGAUGAUCUUGGGUUUGAACCGACCAGACUGCUGCUCGUGCUUUCCGAUGGUGCUAAGAAGAAGAAAUCCAGCUCGCUUCUAAAAGCAAUCGAAGCCGCUCAUGAAAAUAAUAUUAAGAUCGGCGCUGUUACGCUGACUCAAAUGGACUCUCCCGCUUGUCGCCGAGGAUACGUCAUGUGUCCGGAUGUAGAGCACUUAACUUCACUAUCUGACUUUGUCGUUGAUGGAUCCAGAGCCGGCUCAGCUGCUCGUGACGUUUUUGACUUUGUCGGACAGAAAGAGUGCUACCACAAUGGCGGCUGCAAGCCGUGUAAUUGUGAAUGUGACCUUCCACGAGGACCAGCUGGUGAGGAAGGUGCUCUUGGUUGUGAUGGAGCUCAAGGUCCUUGUGGUGAUUCUGGCAACCCGGGAAAAGAUGGUGUUGAUGGCCCUGCUGGUCCUCCUGGCCCGAGAGGCACACCAGGUCCUUGUGGUCCUUGUGGUCGUCCCGGUCUACCUGGUACUGGUGGUGAAAUAGGUCCCGAUGGCGGCGAUGGUAUGGAUGGAAACCCUGGUGUUGUCGGCCUACAAGGUCCAACUGGUCCUCCAGGAGAACAAGGCGAUGCUGGUAUCCGAGGAUACAGCGGUGUUCACGGCAAUCAAGGACGAAAUGGGCCGGAUGGCAAACAAGGCGAGAAGGGCGAAAAAGGCCAGCCAGAUAAGGAACCUUGGAUCAACGGCGGACAGGGAUGCGCAAUCUUCCGAUUUCUUUUGGACCAGUUCCUGGAAGAACACGGCUUCCAGACCGAACAGUGGAAGGCUUACCUCACCUCAUACUAUAGUGAUGAGGUUGUGUCGACAUUGAGCACGAGCAUUCGAGAAAUUGUUGUUGAAUGGAUGAAUGAGAACAUGGACGUUAUCAACUGCAUGCUGAAUUGUGGAUCAGCUGAUUGCGGAGGUGGAAGCGGCAAUUCUGCUGGAAAGGGUGGUGGAAUCACUGUCAAGCCACUCGAAUGUGAAGAACCUGUCGAUGUGGUGUUUAUGGUUGAUGGAAGCGAUUCUGUAUCAUCUCGUGACUGGCCUAAAGUUCUCACCUGGGUUACUAACCUUGUUGAUCAGAUCUCCCCAGCUGACCGAGAAAAGUCAUCAACAAUCGUGUUCCAAGAUUUCUCGAUGAACCCUGCUACUGGCGCAAUUCCACAGGAGAUUAUGGGGCGAUUCGAUCCGGGCGAUCAGGGCUCCGUUGACGAUUUCAAGGCCGCCGUUCUCGCCGCAAAACAAUCUGGUACGACACCUAAUGACUUUCUUCCCUAA